UUCUCACAGCCCUUCUCCUCAUCAGACGGGAGCGCACCAUCACCACGGCCGCCACGAAAUCUGGAAGGUAUCGCGAAAAUCCAACAAUACCAAGAAGGCGCCGUGAACAAAAAAAAAAAAAAAAAACUAAUUUUCUUUUUUCUUUUUUAAAGAAAAUGGGAUAACCAAUGGUUUGACUCGCGCCGGAUCCCUCCGCUUCCCCUCGAGGAACUCAGAUGUUGUCGCCGCCGCUUUGCGUUUUGCGCUUUUUUAUCCAUUCUCCAGGCUGCUGGUACAAAGGCGCUGGGUCCGGAGCAGCGGCAGCGGCACCUGGGAUUACAGCCAUAUGAAUGGGUGAGAGUGAACGGACAGGCUAUCACUUACGAGCCCUGGAUGGCAGACACAGGCAGUGAGUAAACCGAGCAGGAUUAAAACACUUUAUCAUUAUUUUUCUUUCUCCCCCCCGGGAACAAGACCCCCACUGUCACCCCUCGAAGACACAGAUUUUUUUUUCUUCAGUCGUUUUUUCAAAGUGGCCUUUUUUUCUGGAAUAAUGCACGAGGAAAAUGAGUUCUGCUACAGCUUCUUAUUGCUUUUUUGUCUUUGGCACAUUCCCUGUUUUCCCACUGACUGAACAGCCGGUUUCUCUUGUUCAGAAUGGGAUGUAUUGUUGCGACUGCGCAACCUACGACAAGUGUCAGCAAUUAGACGGCGUGUCAGUGAACGGGUUACCUAAAGGCCUGUUAUAAUCACUGUCACCGCUUUUUCAACUGGAGGUGGCCAUUGUUGUCGACAAAGAGUCUGUGGCGAGCUGGACUGAUAAAAUAUAAAUAAAUAAAAAAGAGAAAACUGUGCGCACUUGACAUCUUCCCCAUCUGUGCGUCUGUGUGUGCGUGAACCGGGAUUGACCACAGAAAUAAUUAGGCACAAUAUGGUGGAGCCUGUUGGGUUCAUUGAGGCGUGGAAGGCACAAUUCCCGGAGUCGGAACCCCCCAAGAUGGAGCUGCGGUCUGUUGGAGGCAUCGAGCAGGAGCUGGAGAAGUGCAAAGCGUCCAUUAGGCGCCUGGAGCAGGAGGUGAACAAGGAGCGCUUCCGCAUGAUCUACCUGCAGACCCUCCUGGCCAAAGAGAGGAAGAGCUAUGACAAACAGCGGUGGGGCUUCAGGAAGACCCCGCUGAAUGAGGGGAUGGACCCUGCAGCCACACAGGGUGCAGAGUCUCAAUCCCAGCAGCCCCACAUGCAGGAGACUGGUGGAGUCGGAGUAGGUGGUGGGGGAUAUGGCGGUGGCGGCAGCGUGGUCGUCGGGGAUAGGAAUCGUUAUCAGCCUCUCGGAGGGGAUGGAAGCAGCAGGUCUAAACCGAGGCCUCCGCCGGCCAGGAAGUCGGCCUCCCACGGCGACGGCCUGGAGUCGGCGUUUGACAUACCCCAGCAAGCCGAGUCGACAUCCUGCGAUAACCUGGACGGCCUGUCGCCGUCCAAGCAGAGAGGAGGUGUCUCGGUGUCGCCCCGGAGGCCCACCCUUCCACCCCCAGACAAGGAGCUGCCCUCUGACCCCAAGGACAAGCUGGGGAUGGGACUUGGCGUGGCAGCUCUUAGGUCGAAUUUUGAGAGGAUCAAACGCGCCAACUCUCACUCUGCGGGUGAUGUAGCUAAAGGCCAGGAGAAGCUGCCGCCACCGCCACCUCCGUUCUACAGCAACAUGGAAUUCCACCACGAGAGGGGUUUGGUCAGGGUCAACGACCGCGACGUGUCCGAUAAGAUCAGCUCGCUGGGCAGCCAGGCCAUGCAGAUGGAGAGAAAGAGAUCUCUACACUCUCUCCCAGGUAAUCUGGCGACGGUGGCAGGAGAGCUCCGCGCCAGGCCGGUGUAUCGAGGACGGUCCACUGAAAGCACCUGCGGCUACGAUGCGGAAUAUGAGGAUGGAGAGCCCAACCAAAGACAUACAGGCAGGGCCAACGGGGGCAAACCUCCGCCCCCUCCGUGGCAGCCCUCCGAGUUCCAGGCUUAUUCCAGCGUCUACGUCGGUGGGGUGAUGAUGGGCGAAGGUGGCAGCGGAGAUGGAAGAGGGGGCGGCGGAAGCGGCAGCGGAGUCACGAUGAGAGAUCACGGGGGUGCCGACGACCACCUCCUGACAUGGCCACGCCGCUCCUACUCCCCAGGUAGCUUCGAGGACGUCGGAGGAGGCGGCGGCUACACGCCAGACUGCAGCUCAAACGAGAACCUGACGUCCAGUGAGGAGGACUUCUCCUCGGGCCAGUCAAGCCAUGUCUCACCCAGCCCCACCACGGCCUUCCGCCGUCCCUUCAGGGAGAAGAGCCGCUCGCCGUCCCAGAACUCCCAGAAUUCUCAGCAUUCCUUCGACAGCAGCAGCCCUCCGACGCCGCAGUCCCAGAAGCGUCAUCACCGGCAGCAGGGGGGCCAUGUGGUCAUGUCCGAGGCCACUAUCGUGAGCGUUCGCAAGACUGGUCAAAUCUGGCCACCUGCUGCCCACCACGACCUCAUGCCCCACGGCAGAACAUCCCACGACAACAGUUUCCAUGGAGACCACCUAGAUGGACAUUUCACCGGGACCCCUCCGACGUACGGGUACGACGCAGACCGAGCAGAGGAGCAGCGGAGGCACCACGACAUCCUGCCGUACAUCGAUGACUCGCCGUCGUCCUCUCCGCACCUCAGCUCCAAGAGCCGCAGCAGCCGGGACACCCUCUCCUCUGGAUCGCUGGAGUCCUCCAAGUCGACUGAAUGUGACUUGGAAAAAGGUUUGGAGAUGAGGAAGUGGGUGCUGUCUGGGAUCUUGGCCACCGAGGAAAUGUACCUCAGUCACCUGGAGGCACUGCUGCUGCCCAUGAAGCCUCUGAAAGCUGCCGCCACGACGUCUCAGCCCGUGCUCACCGUCGCUCAGAUAGAGACCAUCUUCUUCAAAGUGCCUGAGCUCUACGAGAUCCACAAGGAGUUCUACGACGGACUCUUGCCCCGCGUCCAGCAGUGGAGCCACCACCAGAGAGUCGGGGACCUCUUCCAGAAACUGGCCAGCCAGCUAGGAGUGUACCGGGCGUUUGUGGACAAUUACGAGCUGGCGGUGGAGACGGCGGAGAAGUGCUGCCAGGCCAACACGCAGUUUGCCGAAAUCUCUGAGAAUCUGAAGGUGAGGAGCCCUAAGGACUGCAAGGAGACGGCCAAGAACUCUCUGGAGGCUUUGCUUUAUAAACCGGUGGACAGGGUGACGCGCAGCACAUUGGUACUCCACGACUUGCUCAAGCACACGCCCACGGGCCACCCGGACCACCCGCUCCUGCAGGACGCCCUGAGGAUCUCCCAGAACUUCCUGUCCAGCAUCAACGAGGAGACGACGCCUCGGCGCCAGUCUAUGACUGUCAAGAAGGGGGAGAACCGCCAGCUGCUGAAGGACAGCUUCAUGGUGGAGCUGGUAGAGGGAGCCAGGAAGCUGAGACACGUCUUCCUCUUCACUGACUUGCUGCUCUGCGCCAAGCUGAAGAAGCAGAUCGGAGGUAAAAACCAACAGUACGACAGCAAGUGGUACAUCCCCCUCUCCGAGCUGACCUUCCAGGGCCCCGAGGAGACAGAGCCGCUCACCAUCCCCCAAGUCCCAGACGAAGAGCUGGACGCGAUGAAGGUCAAGAUCUCGCACCUCCGCAGUGAGAUUCAGAGAGAGAAGAGAGCCAACAAAGGUUCAAAAGUUAUCGACCGUCUCAGGAAGAAGCUGUCCGAGCAGGAGUCUCUGCUCCUGUUAACGUCCCCCAGCAUGCCCCUCAGAGUCUACAACAAGAACGGGAAGAGCUACAGUUUCCUCAUUGCGUCCGACUACGAACGCGCCGAGUGGAGGGAGAUCAUCAAGGAGCAGCAGAAGAAAUGUUUCAAAACUUCUUCCCUGACUUCCAUGGAGCUGCAAAUGUUGACUAGUUCGUGUCUUAAACUGCAAACUGUCCACCACAUUCCACUUAGUAUUAAUAAAGAAGAGGAAGAAUCCCCCGGCCUCUAUGGGUUCCUGAAUGUAAUCGUCCACUCUGCCUCCGGCCUCAAACAGAGCUUGAAUCUCUACUGCACAUUGGAGGUGGACUCCUUUGGCUUCUUCUCGAAUAAAGCCAAGACGCGAGUGUACCGAUACACCACUGAGCCCAAAUGGAAUGAGGAGUUUGAGAUUGAGCUGGAGGGCUCUCAGACCCUGAGGCUGCUCUGCUACGAGAAGUGCUACAACAAGACCAAGCAGAACAAAGAGGAUGGAGAGGGCACAGACCGCAUCAUGGGGAAAGGACAGAUCCUGCUUGACCCUCAGACUCUCCAGGGCAAAGACUGGCAGAGAACAGUUAUUCCCAUGAACGGGAUCGAGGUUAAACUGUCCAUGAAGUUUACCAGCAGAGAGUUCAGUCUAAAGAGGAUGCCUUCACGGAAACCCAUGGGUGUGUUUGGGGUCAAGAUUUCCACAGUGACCAAGCGAGAGCGCUCCAAGGUGCCCUACAUUGUUCGGCAGUGCCUGGAGGAGAUUGAAAGGAGAGGCAUGGAGGAGGUGGGCAUCUACCGUGUAUCGGGAGUUGCCACCGACAUACAGGCCCUGAAGACCGCCUUUGACACCAAUAACAGAGAUGUGUCGGUGAUGAUGAGUGAGAUGGACGUCAAUGCCAUUGCCGGGACCUUGAAGCUAUACUUCAGAGAACUGCCAGAGCCACUCUUCACUGACGAACUCUAUCCUAAUUUUGCAGGCGGCAUCACCCUGUCUGAUAGUGUUGCCAAAGAGAGCUGUAUGUUGAACUUGCUGCUGUCGCUGCCAGAACCCAACCUGGUCACAUUCCUUUUCCUUUUGGAUCACUUAAAGAGGGUGGCAGAGAAGGAGUGUGUCAACAAGAUGUCUCUCCACAACCUGGCAACAGUGUUCGGGCCAACUCUGCUCAGGCCCGCCGAGAAGGACAGCAAGAUCCCUUCUAACCCCACACAGCCCAUCAGCAUGGGGGACAGCUGGUCCCUGGAAGUCAUGGCACAAGUCCAGGUGUUGUUGUAUUUCCUUCAGCUGGAGACGAUUCCUACCCCGGACAGUAAACGACAGAGCAUCCUCUUCUCCACUGAAGUAUAGAGCUGACUCUGUCUGCCUGAGACCCGGAAGGUUUGACAAAGGGACAGACGUUGGCUCAAAGUGAGCCUUUUUCUAGUAUGUUUCUGAGCUGAGUGACUUCAUUCGCUUUAGCUCUUGCUGCCGGGGAGGGUUGUCUCUGGCGUUGCCUGCCGUGCUUGAACACAAGAGGGUGCCACCGGGCUUCCGAAGCAAAGAGGAAGCGAGGUCCUUGCCAUCUGUAUCUCAUCACCACGUAAUUAGUGGGGAUUCCUUGUACCUCCAGUUCUUCUGUGGGAUCACCUGCCAUCUUAAUCUCUGGCUUUUUGUUGGUGUCAGUCCUGAACCUUCACAGCAGUGGUUCAUGAAUCGAGAAGUGCGAAUGAUCCGAAUCAGACCAUCUUGGUUUACAGAGCUGGUUUGCCAACGAACCAAAAUCUCCAUGUACCUUUUCCGUUUGGGCAUUGUUCUUUAUUCGUGUUUCAGUUUGGACAAUCAUUCGAGUCUUGCGAAAUGUGUUUCUCCAUCUCAAUCGUUGCUUACGUCCUGGUCAGGUGUCUUACAUAAUCUCAGUGCAUUCUUUCAGACCAGAGGAGACAUGUCUUUGUUGGGGUUGAAAGUCUGGAGCUGCCACGGUCCCGGCUUUCUUUUUAUUCCUGUGUCACAUGCGGCACAGGAGUCCAGCACCUGUAUGUUAAAGUGUUUACAGCGUAAACAGAAACUGGUUGGAGUCAAACGCUACGGCUUGAAGAAGUGAAAAUGAAAUAACCCGAAUGAUUAGUUAUAAUCAUUUUUCUGAAUUUAAAAGCAAAUUUCCUCUGUUCGUGUUUGUGUCUCAAGGUAGGAAGCAAUAUAUUUUCUAACAUAGGAAUUGUCUUUGUUCAUAUCUUUGCUGACGACAUAUCCUUCUUACUGUAACAUAGGACGUCUUGCCAAAUUAAUAUGUUUUUUUGUUUGUAGGAAAAAGGAAACUGUUGUAUUUACGGAUACAACACCUGUACAUAAUCUUAAAAGUUGUAUUUUUCUUCUUUGGUUAACAGUAUAAUCAUUGUUGCUGUUAUUUAUUUCGGGGCCCGGUGGAGAAAUCGUUUUGUUUUUUUCUAUGUGAACUUAUUUUCUGUUUAUAAGGAAGUGGUAGGUCUUAGCCUUGACUCCAAGUCUUGCAUUUAAAUAAGCAAGAUUUAGCCUUGUUCUAAUAGAAACUACUCAGCUGUUCUGUCCGGCCUAUCAGUUAUUCAUUUAGAUAUUAUUAUGAAGGUAACACACACAUUGUAGUUACAUACUGUAUGCUGCUGUGGAAAAGGCACAAGCUCUUUAACUGCUGCUCAGCAGAGCGUCUCACAUCCAGGAGACCGUCGCCUGUCUAGUGUAGACAUUAUGCAAUGUCAUGAUACGGCACACAUGCACAUAUGACAUCGUCUCUUUUUGUUACCUGCGGGUGCAGAAGUGCACUCAUGCCAUGGUAGAACUACUGUAUUAUCAAGUGACCUGACUCCGCAUUUAUUUCCAUUGAAGAGCAUAUCCGUUCGAUGAAGGAAUAUUACUUUGUUUCGUUUCUGUUUUUCCUACUAAUUCACUGUCCGCAACUCAUAGGCCAACUUAGAGAAGAACUUGUAAGAUGUCUAGUUGAUUCUGAUUUCUGUCAUUGAUUUAACAUGCAGGCAUGUUUUAUUGAUUCGUGUUAUGUUUUGUUUUUUUUUCCCCACCCUAUUACUGCUGUCUUCUUCACAAAUGUGUCAUCAGAAAGUUGAGAUGUUGGAGGAUCCUGUUUACAUUACUACAGCAAGCCAGUUUAAGGGUAAAUAUCACUGGUUCCCUCUUUAUUUUACAGGCAUGAAACUGAAACCGAUGGAUCUGUUCAACUGAUCCAAUAAGGCUGACGUGCGUAGACGUGGUAGUUUAAGUAUGCAUACGCAAGUAAUUGACAUCGAUAAUUAAAGUUGUUUUUUCCCUUUCAAAUCGUGGAUGAUAAGGUUGAUAUCAACGCUUAAAUUCCCCCCCAUUUUUAACCUUUAAAAGCAGUUUUGUGGCCUGUAGUCAACUUAGAUGCAGAUAAGAGAUAAAAAAAAAAAAUCCUUACUACUGUCAAUAUUCUUUUACUUUACUGCCACUGUGUCCUUCCGCUAAUCUUUACCCACUGUAGCAUUCUCUCAUCGUCGCUAUUUUUAUGAUGUGAAUGAGAGAAUAUAUGAAUCCGCCGCUCAUUCGUUCAUCCCUCAAGUCACGUGUCACCUUCGCAACAAGUCCCGAUUGCCUGCACUACUCAGCCCUAUCGUGCCUCGACACCUACGCUUUCGUUCGCCGCCUGCGGUAGUACUCUUAGAUGUCAGCCAAAACGCUGACGAGAGGAGGAAACGUUCAUUCUCCCGUUGCCUUUGCUGAGGUCAGCCACUCAUCUUUCAUCUCUUACAGACUAAGACAGGACCUUAACCUUAAGCAUGGUCUUAGCCCAUACUGUACAUGUUUGUUCUACUUGCCACCUUCACGUGUGCUGUGAAUGAAGCUGUUGUUGAAGUCUUAUUUCGGGCUGUGGAGUUUCCCGCCCAUGUCCUUGUUUAGCUCUUGAAAUUCCAUCUCCUAUAAUGCCUUCUUCUUUUAUUUAUUUAUUCUUUUUCCCCCCAGUUUGGUAUAAGACGGUCUGCUGGAUCUAUUUAUUUAUGUUAAAAUGCCACUUAAAGCUAAAUUCAGCUUAGAAAUGGGGAAACUCUUUCUAUUAGCUUUUGUAUAUCGUACACCGUGUUGAAGUUCCGACUGUUUGUCCCUGUUCCUGUCCCAGAAUGAAAACCACUGUGUAGGACUGCUUCUAACCCCUGCGUCGUCAGCUGAGUCAUCCUGAGUUAUUUGUGUUGUACAACAGACUGGCCACUGUGAUUGUUUAGCUAUAUGAUUUAGAUAAACGAAUAGCGGGUGCGGGAUCUGGUCGAUUUGAAUGGUGGAUUCCGCGACUUUACCUGACUCAAACUUCUACUUUUCUGUAGAGUUGUAUGAUAUGUAUUAUACUAAAGAAUACAUGAUUUGGCUCCCCUAUUAUUUAUUGUGGCGUCCACUGUAUCACUGAAGAUUGAGCUGGCACACCACCUCUCGUCUCUUCUGAGCUGUCACUGUGUGGUAGAAGAGAAAAAGAGUCUUAUAUUACUCUAAAUCUGCAUUGUUUUGGUCUGUUGAUUGUCACUGUAAAUGCAUGUAUCGUCCAUAAUACAGUACCCUCCAUAACCUCCCAGCCAAAGAGGGUUUCAUUUCUUUGUGGAGUAGCCUGAAGAUAUGGUACAUAUUGUUCUAUAUGAAAGUAACAGAUCUCUUGCAUUUAUUAUACAUGACCCUGGUAUUUAUCUGCGUUCCCAUACUAUACUUAACACUCUCAAAUGACCCUCUGAUAUCACGCUACCAUUAAAUUAGGCUACUUUCACCUUAAUUUAGCAUAUAACAAUGUACAGCUGAGGGUGAGACUUCCUGAACCAACCACAAACACCUUCUCUUUUUAGUCCUGAAAAUUUUGGACUCUUGUUCCCGUUAAAUAUUCAGUGCUCUGCCUGUAGAACUGUAAAAAGGAAUACUGUACUUCUGAGGGCAAACAUGUUUGGAAGGCAUUUGCAGCCUAUGUUUGUACAAAAAAAAAAAUGUUAAAUAAAAUCUCCUGUAUCUACA